AGCCAGCAGAAGCAGCAGCAGCUAUCAUUGCUUAGUUAGUUCCUUUGCAAUCAUCCGGCGGUGUGGAGACUUGACUGACUGUUGCUGUUGCUUAGUACUAUUCGAAUUUUGCUACGCAUUAAACGGCACACCCCCUUUCCACGUGGAUCAUCAUGGCUCUGGUUCGGCUCCUAGCUCUGGAGUGCCGCAAUGCGGUCAGCCGUAGCUACAGCACUUCGGCUCCGACGACCAAAAUGUUCAUCGAUGGUAAGUUCGUCGAGUCGAAGGCCACCGAAUGGAUUGAUCUGCACGAUCCGGCCACCAACGAGGUCGUAACGCGCGUUCCCAAGUGCACCCAAGCCGAGAUGGAAUCGGCUGUCGAGUCGUCCAAAAAGGCUUUCAAGACCUGGAGCCAAACCUCAAUUCUCGGACGGCAGCAAGUCAUGUUCAAACUGCAGCAUCUGAUUCGCAACAACAUGUCAGAGUUGGCCAAGAAUAUUACCAAGGAACAGGGUAAAACCUUGGUUGACGCCGAAGGCGAUGUGCUUCGUGGAUUGCAGGUUGUCGAGCAUUGUUGCAGUAUUACUUCACUCCAGAUGGGCGAAACUGUGCCCAACAUUGCCAAGGACAUGGACACGUACUCUUACACGUUGCCGUUGGGUGUAACGGCCGGUAUCUGCCCCUUCAAUUUCCCAGCUAUGAUCCCACUGUGGAUGUUCCCUGUAGCGAUCACUUGUGGUAAUACAAGUAUUAUCAAGCCAUCGGAACGGGUUCCUGGUGCGACCAUGAUGUUGAUGGAGAUGCUCAACGAAGCUGGAUGCCCACCGGGUGUGGUCAACGUGAUCCAUGGGGCACAUGAUGCUGUGAACUUCAUCUGCGAUAAUCCAACCAUUAAAGCCGUUUCGUUUGUGGGAUCUGAUCAGGCUGGCAAAUAUAUCUACGAGCGUGCUGGACGUAAUGGAAAACGUGUCCAGAGCAAUAUGGGAGCCAAGAACCACGGAGUCAUCAUGGCCGAUGCUAACAAGGAAAACACUCUGAAUCAGUUGGCUGGAGCUGCAUUCGGUGCUGCCGGACAAAGAUGUAUGGCCCUGUCAACUGCGGUGUUUGUUGGUGAGGCCAAGAACUGGAUCCCUGAUUUAGUUGAGCGAGCUCGAAAGCUGAAGGUCAACGCUGGCCAUGUUCCCGGAACCGACCUUGGUCCAGUUAUUUCGCCUCAAUCGAAACAGAGAAUUCACGAUCUAGUUGAAUCUGGAGUCAAAGAGGGCGCCAAGAUUGCUCUCGACGGACGUGGAAUUAAGGUCGAUAAAUACGAACACGGUAAUUUUGUGGGACCGACAAUCAUCACAGACGUUAAGCCAUCGAUGAAGUGCUAUACUGAAGAAAUCUUUGGACCGGUGCUGGUAUGUCUUACUGCUGACACUUUGGAUGAAGCUAUCGAAAUGAUCAACAAUAACCCAUACGGAAAUGGAACGGCUAUUUUCACCACGAACGGAGCUACUGCUCGCAAAUUCGUGAACGAAAUCGACGUCGGACAAGUCGGCGUUAAUGUACCCAUCCCGGUGCCAUUGCCCAUGUUUUCAUUCACCGGAUCUCGAGGUAGCUUCUGGGGAGAUUGCCAUUUCUAUGGCAAACAAGGGGUCAAAUUCUACACUCAAACUAAGACAGUGACUCAGCUGUGGCGCGAAGGAGAUGUUUCGCACACCAAGGCUGCUGUGGCCAUGCCAACAAUGAAGUAAGGACGAUCGCAACUGCGAAUGGAAAAUUGUGAAUCAUGUCUUCCAGGGAAUGAAAUUAAACCGUGUGCAUUUACUAGAUCUAUAUUGAAAUAAUUGUCAACAAUGUCAGAGCAUUUAGAAUAUAUAAUAUUCCUUUUAAAUAAAUCAUUUGCCAUAAUAAGAAAA